AUGAAAGUCACCACCCAUCAGGCUCUUGGUUUCCUAUUCUUCUUCCGCUGUAAUGCAAAUAUGGAUAACUUGGUCACCCAUUCGCUGGAGCUGCUUUCAGAUGGGCCGCCGGAGACCUCUUCUUCUGGAAGUGAACAUUCAAUCUCGACCGCCCUGCCCGACCAACGCGCUACUGACAGAGCAAAGAUCUUAAGUCAUCCUGGUACAUCUUCCUCGCCGGCGCGAUCCACAGACAAUCCGCCAGUCAUCGAUUUGACUCUCGAAAUCCCACAUUUAGCAGAGAUGAAAGAUCGGCUCGGAGAAGCAUCGACAAAAGCUCCGGGAAUGAAUGCGGGAUCGAGGAGAAAGAUUUCCGGGGAUCCUGGUAAGCGGGAUGAGAGAACUGAACUUGCAACGACUCAGAAUUCACAGCCUUCGGAGUUGCCAGUUCGAUUUGAUGUCGAAGGACGACCACCGAAGAUGAUCAAACUGAUGGGUGCCUUCAUGGGCACUGAGGUUCGCCCGGAUCGUAUUGAUAGUGACGGGACGAUCAAGCAAUCCGAUUCCUCCAAUCAGGGCCAUCAUGUUCCUGAUAGCACUGAAGCCUCAAAGACUGCUGACAGAGGCAAACAAAUCGCGCAGACAUUGAUUAUCACUGAUGCUAGCUCAUCAAACCUUGAAAGAAUCCCGGCGCGGAUUAUAACACUCGAAUCCACUGGGAGCGCUUUAAAGGACCUGAUCAUUGAUGUCGAGAGGCAGAGUCAGAAUACACAGACGAGCAGGACGAAAGACGAGCCACGAAGAUUGAAGUUUACGGAAGACGUCUUGGAUUUUUCAAACACGCCUGCUGAGUACCAAAGCCAUUUCUUGGACGCGUUGGGAGAUGUGUUGCUUGACCUGAAAGCCAAAGAACUGGUGAUGACGGAAGCGCAAUUCAUCAUCUAUCAUACCGACUUCUACCGGAUCUAUCAGCGCUCGGAGCUUGCUCCGCACUCGGACUCGAAAACGAAUAUCCCGUAUUCCAAGAAGUCGCAGGCCUACAAACACAUGCUCGAGCAUAAGGACAAGUGGUACAGCCAUUGGCAGACGCUUAUGACCCAGAUCAAUCUCGAAAACUCGACCGACAAACUCCAUCUCAAAUCCAAAGAGCUCGUUCUGCCAUACUUGUUUUACGUGGAGAUGAUCAGUACGAUCGUCCCCAUCUCUACAACAAAGCAGAAUGAUUUGGGAAUUCAUCUCAAGCAAGCUUGGGACCUGUUGGAAUCGAUUUUCGGCAAAGAAACCGUUGCUGAUAAGCAAGGCAAGGGAAAGAUCUAUGAGAAAUUCAGCAACUAUGACCGCUUCAACUCUCUCGGUCUGUCGAGUAAAGUGUCCGCCCUCUGGGACCUCUUGGAGCUUUGGCUGGAUACUCAUCGGCCAACUUUGAGUGAUGAGAUCCGGGCUUUUGGGAGAACUUUUCACACUAUCAAAGCGUUCUUCAAUUCUCUCUUCUUUCUUUCUGUUGAGAAUCUCACUCAGAAAUUCGCUCAAAUAGAAUGAGUCCUCUUUUGACUGGUUGAAAAGUCAUGUCGACCUAUGAGUAUUCAGAAGUUCUUUUGGACAAGCGGAUAAUUGGUUCAUGGACCUUAUUGUCCCUGGUAUUUCUUGAUCAGUCAAACCCGCCAAAAUAUGUAUCGCCUAAGUUCCAAAUUCAAGUUUGUAUGUAUCUGCAGUACAUGUAGCACAAUUGUAACUUCAAGUAAUUGCAACCUGAUUGGUUUUUGAUCACUAUCGUUCCGUUCCAGGUCUAGUUACCACAACUCUUUCUUCAGCCUACUAUGUAGUGAGCAUCCACGAGGAAUUCUGCUUUCAAUUCUACAACCAGUCCAAAUUAAUCCUGAUCAAUUUUUUGUUGACCAAUGGAUAUUUAAGUGUGAUUGGCCACACAAUCCUUGGUAACACUGGGAGGUUACGCUACCAGUAACGGUAGCGUAACAAUAACGCAACGAAACCAGGGCUGUUAGCGUUGCAAUAAUCACAACGGCC